CAGGGAAGGAACUAGUGCCAGCUUUUCUUCUAAGAGGGACACCAGAAAUAGGAGCAGCGAUUUAGACCAACACUCAGGGCGAAGCUCUGUGUUACUCUUCGUUUGCGCCUCCACUGCUUGGUGUCACUGUACUCUUACUUUUCGUCCCUGUCACUUCCCGCCAAUCAUCACUUCAGACGUUUCGAAUGAUCCUCCAGCCGCACACCACCAGUUGACUCGAGUGGUCGUGUCGAGUCGAGUCGCCUCCUGAAAUAGGGGCAUCUUUGUUUUAUUUCUCUAACUUUUCAGGGCUGAAGCAUGGUGUCGCCGCCGCAAUCGGGCGUGUAGGACGAUUUUUCCUGUGUUUUUUUUUGUUGUCCGGCGUUAGGUUACGAUGGAGCUAGCAGCGCGAGCCAGCAGCGCUGAGUGCCCGAUUAGCAGCGCUGGACAGUUACAUCCAGGAUAUCGUAGCUGAGCGUCGAGGCUUGAGACGACUCAGAAGCCUCCUCGUUUCCGAAGAACGAUACCGGAUUCCUCCUGAGGAAAUAAAAUCGCAAUCUUGGUGUUGAGACUAUCGAGCAGAGCCGAGGAUGUCCGAUUGUGGUCGCAGUGAAGGGGCAGGCGGAGAGGGAACGCAUGCAACUGAUCAGGUGUCCGAUUUCUCACUUCCUUCCCGUCCUGCGUCUGCUCAGCAACAACAGCAGCAGCGACCAGAUAUCCCAGCAGCAGCAACAGGCCUGGCGUCCGAACCUGCGGUUGGCUCGGCAUCCGAGCCUAGGCCGUCGGAGAGGCCGUCCAAACGGCAGGUGGUGGAUCCGAAGCUUCAGCAGGAGAUGGUGGCGCUGAAGCAGGCGCACCCCAUCCUCACCAGCGUGCAUAUCGCGCGCGCUUUUGAGUCGACUCAAAAGCAGUCGAAGCGGCCGUCGAAGCGGCAGGUGAUAGAGCCGAAGCUUCAGCAGGAGAUCGCCGCUUUGAAGCAGGCGCACCCCGUCCUCACCAGCGCGCAUAUCGCACGUGCAGUCUCUAAACUAUACGGCGUGCCGAUUAAAGAGUCGCAGGUGGAGAUGAUUAUCCUCAGAUCCACUGUAGACCACCAGUUCGUUAAGAAAAACUGGACCAAGGGGAAGCGUACUCGUUAUAAGAACGCGCCGCUGGAGGAGGCGCUGGUGCGGUGGGUGCGGGAGACGAGGGAGAGGGCGGACUCCGACCCGGCGAAUAUAAUCAAAGGGGUUAAAAGGCGUUUCAAGUUUAGGGAGAUCCAGGAGUAUGCGAUGAAGUUAGGACCGUCCUAUGGCAUACCGGCCUCCUUUAGGUUCAGUGGGGAUUGGCUUAAGAAGGUUUUACAAGAGAAUGGCUUGAGUAGGAAAGGAGAGGAGAUAAGCAGGGAAGGAGGUGAAGGCUCGGGGAAUGAUGAAGGGUUCGACCAAGGCGGGAGCCCAGGCUCGGAAAAUCCCAAGCUGAAACGGGCGUACGCUCGGAGCGAGAUUCCCUUUGAGAUCCGGCUUCGGUACGAGAUUGCUGUGGUUAAGCGCGCACGGCCGCACUUAGAGAAUAAGGUGAUUGCCGCUGCUAUUAGGGCUAAGUACGGAGUGGAAAUGACCCCGAGGGCGAUUAGGAAGAUAGGGGAGGAGAGUGAUAAGUGGUUCAGGCUGGCUGCUGGGGCCGUGGAUGAUCCGGAGCAAUCUCGUAUGGAGGAGGCUUUAGCAGAGUGGGUGAUUAUAGAGGAGGAGACUGAAAAGAGGGAGGUUACUCGGGAGGAGAUUAUAGCGCAGGCGAAGGAGAUCGGGCCGGGGUUUAAACUGAGGAGGGAGUUUAGGUACGGGAAGACGUGGGCGACCGGGUUCAUGAAGAGGUUUGGGCUGCUGCUGCUGUCGGAGACUAGUACCAAGGAUGAUAAUACCGAGGAUGGGGGAGGAGAGUAUUGGGAGGAGGAGGAGGAGGAGGAGGAGGACGGCGGGGAUGGUGAUGGUGAGGCAGGUGGGGAUGAUGGUGGGUUGGUCAGCUUUGUGAAUCUGCAGAUGCGAGCGGCUGACCGCGCUGCCAGGCAGGUGCUGCACGAGACAGCAGGGGCAGGAGGCUUAGGUGCAGCAGUAGCGGGUGCACAAACGGACACAGAAGGAGCGAAGGAGAGAGGAGUGGAGAGGGCGGAGAGAGAAGGGAAGAAGAUAAAGAGGGAGGGAAGAGAGAUGAGGAAAUGAGAAGAGAUGAGGAGGUGAUGAGAGAGGCAUUCGACACGACUAUACUGGAUGAGCGGGAGGAAACAGAGGGAGGCGAGGUGGAGCCGACUGUACUGGACGAGGUGGAGGAAGUAGAGGAAGUAGAGGAAGUAGAGGAAGUAGAGGAAGUAG